CCCGAACUCUCCCAGCAUCCAGCUGUGUCGCUCGGCUCCCAUGGAAAUGGAUUAUUAUUCACCAGCCAUUCAAGUUAUCACCGACAACUACGCAUGUGAUUAUCCCAUAAUCUGUAUAACAGAUCGAGUUUUCCCUAGACACGGAAUCUAAAGACUUCAGCCAGCACAUGGGAUCAAUUGAGGGGACCCGGCUGGUCCAUUUCCAUGGUAUGGGGAAAAGCUUAACGCAUUGGCAUUGCAAGCGGGUCAUGAUUAUAUAAUAAGCUCUAUUGCCGAGAGACUAAGUAUAAAAGGAUGGCAAGUACUGCAAUUUGGAGAACUAGGGAUAAUAGAAGCAUCCAUUUUUUUUGGUGCCAAAUCCCAGGCAUAUCCAACCAUGACGGCAAAUACAUCUCUUGUGACGGGAGCGAGCGGCUUCAUCGCUAGCCAUGUCGUUCAACAGCUACUCAAAAAGGGCGAGCAGGUCCACGCCACCGUUCGCAGUACCAAAAACAAAAAGAAGAUUAAGCACCUCCUUGACAUGCAGGAGCGAUGGCCCGGCAAGCUAACUUUGUUCGAAGCGGACUUGCUUGCGGCUGGCUCGUUUGAGGCUCCAAUGAGGGACUGUUCGGUGGUGUAUCAUAUUGCAUCACCUUUUUUUAUUGAGAACAGAAUUCACGAUGGCCAGAAAGAGGUCGUCGAGCCGGCUCUCAAAGGAACACAACAUGUGCUUGAUUCAGUUCAGAAAUGUGAGACUGUCAAGGUUGUCGUCUUAACUUCGUCCGUCGCGGCUAUCUUUGGAGACAAUGCCGACGUGCUAGAAAUGAAGAACAAAACACUCUCCUCCGAGUAUUUCAACACAACUAGCACGGUUAACUACAACGCAUACCCUUAUUCCAAGGUGGUCGCCGAGAAAGAGGCCUGGAGGAUAUAUAAAGAGCAGACAAGCCCCCCACGUUGGAAAUUGGUGACAAUUAACCCUGGACUUGUUCUUGGCCCAUCCCUAUCUCCAACAUCCGAAUCUGGCAGCCUGUCGUUGCUUGACCAGCUCCUCCGCGGUCAGCUGUUCUUGGGGGUGCCGGAUAUGUGGUUCGCAAUUGUUGAUGUUCGAGAGGUUGCAACUGCCCAUAUUCAGGCCGCCGAAUGCCCAGAUUCUCAUGGUCGCUAUAUCCUGGCCGACAGCAAAACCCAUGGUUUCGUGGAACUUGCUCGCAUCCUGCGAUCCAUUACUCAAUCUUCCCGAAUUCCGAAAAACAAAAUCCCUAAUGCCUUAGUGCACAUAUGCGGGCCUAUGCUUAGACUAAGUCAAAAAUGGCUGAGACUCAACCUAAGCAUCCCUUUCGACAUCGACAAUCGUCCCAGCUUGGAUCAGUUGAAGAUUGUUUACCGGCCUCUGGAGGAAACGUUGGCGGACCAUUAUCGAUCCUGGAAAUCUGCCCAUAGCGUAUCGCACUAACUCAAAUGAUUCUUAUCAAUGAUGAUUAAAAGAAACUAUGCUAUAUUGAAAACAUGCUUGCCUGCCCCGCGCUCUUUCGGCACGAUAUUCUUGUUUGUAUCAUUUUGGGUUCGACUUGGCUUGGCUCCACAGCUGUAGUUACCAAUUGCACUUCUGUACUUCUAUUUUUAUUUCUAGUUUGGUUGGGACAGUGACCGCUGAUAUUUAGUCUACAAUUAAAUGUCUGAUAUCACUUCUCACUGAGUAUCCUUCCAACUGGAGACGUAGAUAUCGCUUAUUCUUGGUUACAACCCCAACCUUCUUCGUAUCUUUUGUUGUUCAUCAUCACUAGUAGAUGCCACUAUUGAUAUUGCUG